AACAUUAAAAGAGCAUUGUGGUUCGUAUGUUAAAAAACAGUCCCGUGUGUCAAACGUGUGUUUUCAGUCCGUGUCCGCGAUUUACGUCGUAAUUAAAUUAAAAAUAAACGCCAGCGCGUAAUUAGUUAAUAGAAUUUGUUAAAAUUCAUGUUAUACGUGUGCAGUUGUUGUAUGUUUUUUCGAACAGUGAUGCCGAAUUCCAUGCUGACGUCGUGGUCGGAGUUGAUGACGUCGCGUUUUGUCUAACAAGGCGUUGACAAAAACAAACUUGAAAACGACAAAAUAGACAUAAAAAAAUCAGGCAAAGACGUAGAUAAAAGAGAAGAGCAAAAGUCAAGAACAGAAUUUGGUUAAAUACAUAAGUAUAUUACUAUUUUUGACUUUUAAUUGUGUGUGCUUGUGUUUUUGCGAAUAAUUGUUCAAGUGUGAGUGUGUGUUUAAAAUAGAAUUUUACAUACGAACGUGACACCCACGCAAACGUACAGUAAAUGCAGCUCCGCAAUAAUGUGCAGCAUAACGCUAAACGACAUGGUCAAUGUGACUCAGCAGGAUUUACACGAUCUAUUAGAAAUUUUCGAAAAAAAAUCAUUCGAGGCAGUGGCCUUUGAGGAAGGGAGUGCGGAGUAUGGCAUCUCAAAAAAAUGCGAAUUUCUGUUCAAACUCGACUAUAGCCUCAUCGAGCUGGACAACUCAAAUGGGUUGCUUAGUCCAAGAUAUCCUGGACGUAUACUUAUACCGGAAUAUGAGCAUGGGCACAUGGCAAAAACGCUAAUACCCAACAAUGGGUUGGUCGGAGGUGGCUCAUCUGGUACAACGGCAACAGCAACACCGCUAAACAGCAGCGUUGGCAGCAACUGCAGCAAUGGCAGCUCCGCUGGAGUUGGCAUCCAAGCCUUCGUGACAUUCGCUAAUCCACUACAGACUCAGCCGCAGCAGCCCACAGUGCAGCAACAGUCGCAGCAGAAUACCAUCUAUGAGGACCAGUAUGACAUACAGCGCAUGCGGGAGCUGGUGACAAUGGCGAAGUACGCACGCUGCAGGCAGCGAUUUGCAGUGCCUGUAAUAAUGUUCCGCGGCAAAUACAUCUGCCGUUCGGCUACACUAUCCGUGAUGCCGGAGACGUACGGGCGAAAGGUGGUGGAUUACGCUUAUGACUGCCUCAGUGGUAAUUAUGCAGCACCCAAUGGCGAGGAGAACGAGGCGGACACCACAGACGAGUCGCUGAUAAAUCACAUCAAUGAUCAGUCACAGUCACAGUUCAGCUACGACGAGGUCAUCAAGAGCGACAUUCAAUUGCUGCACACACUAAACGUGUCUACAAUAGUCGAUCUCAUGGUGGAGAAUCGCAAAAUAAAAUACUUCAUGGCUGUCUCCUCGUCAGAGAAAGCUGAUCCCAAUAAGCAUUAUAAAAGCUUUAAUCUGCUAUCGCUGCCGUAUCCGGGAUGUGAGUUCUUUAAAAAGUUCCGGGACAACAACUACAUGGCCAAGAAUCUGCAUUACAACUGGAAGCAAUCGUUCAACGAUGCCAACAUCAACAUACCCAAUCUGGGACCCGCCGCCGACAUCGACAUCAUCUGGCCAGAAUAUCGGGAAUGGGAUCUGGUGUCAAUAACUCAAAACUAUCUGCGUGCCACGCUUAAGUACAUACAGGAGGACAAAUCAGGCUUGCUGAUACACUGCAUUAGCGGCUGGGACCGCACGCCACUAUUUGUUUCCUUGGUGCGCUUAUCGCUUUGGGCCGACGGGCUCAUCCAUCAGUCGCUGAACGCGUUGCAGAUGGCGUACUUCACCCUGGCCUACGACUGGUACUUGUUUGGCCAUCAGCUGCCAGACCGCCUUAAGCGCGGGGAGGACAUCAUGUUCUUCUGCUUUCAUGUUCUCAAGUUCAUUACAGACGAGGAGUUUAGCAUUGUGGAGCACCGCAAGCGCACCAAAACGUCCAGCAGCAGCGGCAGCAGCGUCAUUGUCAUCAAAUCAGACUGCUGCGAUGACGAGCCACUCAAAGAGGACUACAUUUUGGCAUUCGAUCAAGAUAGCAAUGAUAGCUACUCAAACUGUUCCAACUGUGAUAUGUCCAUAACAGAUAACUUCUAUGCCACAACAACAACAACGGCGGCAACGCCAGCAUCAACUGCACCGCCAGUACUCGUCAAUCCGCUCACCAGCCGAUCUCCCAAUCCCAAGCGAUCCCGUACCAGCCCCAUUUCAGUGCCCGGCUCGAGUGCGCGCCAGCGACAGGAGUCGACGUCUUCGAAUGGUAGCUGGCAGGUGGUUACGGACACCGGCUCCAUAGACUCAAUGAUGAAUGGCAGUUAUAUGAUGCGAUUUGUGUCACAGCAACAGCACCAACAUCAGCAAACAGACAACAUUCCAAUGUGCAAUGGCGGAAAUGGCUAUCACUGCACUAUCAAUAACAUGACCGCCGCCUAUCCAAGUGCCAGCGGCGGCAGCAGUAGCAACAGUAACAGCAGCGCCAACAACACGCACGGUUUCGCAAACGGUUCCUCCAAAGAUGUGAACAACGGCAGCGCUGCUGCCUCCAAGCAAUCUAUUAAUUUACGAAAACAACGGCUGAAUGCUGUGCGCGCGAUCUUUAUACAAGCGUAUGGUAAAACGAUUGGACUGAAAUUCAAGGAGGGCUCCUCAAUGAACUUGGCUACGUUUAUUGGCAAUCUGGCGGACCAGCUGUUUUGAGCUGCAGCCGGCACUGUUACUGUGCCUGCCGCAUCUAAAGUAUGCCACAUCUACAUCCACAUCAAUUGCUGACUGACUGCUGGGUUGUGGCUUUGUUGUUUGUUAGUUUUCUUGUUAGUGCUGCGCUUUAUUUUUUUUACCAUGACUGUAUUUUGUAGACAUGUUGAAUAUUUUCGUUCUUGUGACACUUGUUAAUAUUAAUAAAAAUAAAAAAAAAACAGAAUUUCAUAAAUAUAUAGAAGCAACGGGAACAUCCAAAUAGACAAGAGUUCCUUACGCAAUCAGCAACAGCAACUGCCAGCAAUUCGGUAUCCGGACAAGCCCUCAUCCUAUAAACAACAAGCAUAGUACAAUGUUCUCACAGCCGCUGUUUGGCUGCAGUUGUUGCUGACCGUCGAUCAACAUGUUUUUUGUUUAGGCAACCCCAGCUGCUUGCAACAUGCAACAUGUGACAAGCAUAGCGCAGGUACAUUUGUUUCAGAAACUGUUUGUUUAGUGGUUACAAAAUCAAAUCGGUUUAAGCAAUAGCUCUAAGUUGUAAUUUAUAGUAAUAUCUUUUAUAAAUAAACGUUUUGUGCAUUU